GUGCUAUGUCGCUGUAACAACAUUCAGUCAUUGUGCGCUCUCAAAGGCUAUCAUCACAAACUCAUAAUAGCAUUUUUCCACACUUGGGUAUGUAGGACAAAAUAAGCUUAAAAUAGCAAAAUAAACAACGAGAUUUGCCUCUGGGAACUGUUGACCGACGGAACAAUUCUAAUAUUUACGUCAUUCUUCGGCUUGAUUUGCAUAGUUAGUGAAAUGCAAAUUGUAGGCACUGAACGACCCUAGAACCUCGCAUAUUGGAUUUAAAGUUAACACCUAGAUAAUGUUUUAUGAAUAUCCAUCUUGGGAACUUAGCAUAAAGUCAACUUGAACAGCGUAUUGAGAAAUGAAGAAUAAUCAUGAGGUGAAAAUUGAAGAAAAUGAUUUGGAGUUUACUUGGAAAACAGAAACAACAAAAUAAAGGUAGUCACAAAGAAGUUACGGUAACAGCAUAUUCCACAGCAAGAUGGCUGCAGUUCAGAUCUUAUUGAAACGAUUGAGAGACAAAACGAAGAAACUGCGUGAGAAUUCUGAUAGCGACAUAAAACACGCGAACAGAGCGCUACCACCUCUCCCACCUCACUACAUAGACGAGUAUGGAUUUGGCGCAGAUGGAAAACGCAAACCAAGAGUAUGUGAUAGCCCGGCUCAUAUCUACGAAGAAAUCCCCGAUUUCAUUGUUCCUACUGUGACAACAAGGAGCAGAAAUAAAGCAAAACGAUCUCCCGUAGGAGAUACAUCUCUUGACUCUGACAGAGUGCCAUCUAUAGGUGACAUAAUAACAACUGAAAAUAGUAAUGUAGCCAAACACAAAGACAAUAUUCAGACAAACUCAAAUAAUGAGGAUUUGCACAAAAGUACCUCAAAAAGGAGUUCUAUGGGUGAGUUCAAACCCGAGUUAAAUCAUCGAGUGGAACCAAAGAAAACUGCAUCUCGAACUGACCUCCAAUCCCAGCCUAAGAAAUCUUUUCAAGUCAAUGACGUAUUUUUUCAAGCAGCUCGUGAGUCUACAAAAAGUGUUGAUUCAGCGGAUAUCUCUAGCAGCGAUUACAAUGGUUCUUGUGAUAGCUACGGUAGUGCUCUUAGUUCAACGAGCCCAACCAGUAGUAAACGAAGCUCAAUAAAAAGCGGAAACAGUUUAGGAAAUGCAAGUAAUGGAACAUUCAAUGAAUACGAUAUCAAUGCCGAUUUGGAUAACAUGGACGAUAUAGACACUGCGUACACAUUUUCGCCAUCUGAUGGUUUCCAUGACAGCGGUGGCAGCUUUGGGGAUAUUGAAGAUUCGCGAAUGCGCACUCGGGAAUAUCACUUGUACGAUAACGAGGCCAAGACCAGUGACCAAAAAUAUUUUAAUAAUUUGAAUUUUUGCCAGUGUAGUCAAUGCUACCAGGCGGAGAUAGCUGAGCAAUAUUCUGAUAAAUCCGACGCGGAGUACGAUUAUUUCCUUGCAAAAGUACACCAGAAUCACACGUUAAAACAACAAGUGGUUCAGUUGAUAAAAAGCUCAACUGAUAAUAGCGACAAUGAGAGUGUAUCUCAUACUUUACCAACCAAUUGUCGCUCACGAUCGAAAAAGUUAUCCAGAGCGCAUGCGUCCAUUUCAACAGAUAUCGACACUAUCCCUCCGUUUUCUAGUCCAUCGAAGUUAGAAAAUGAGUCGGGACAUCCAAAAAAACUACAUGCAGAAUCAAGAAUGUUUCGAAAGAAAGGGAGCCAAGAGGCAUCCCAUCCGAAGCCUGGUAGCCCAAGACAGACACAUUCUGUAAAUGACACUGACAUUCAUAGAGCCUCUACGUUAACCUCAACUUCAAAACGAACUGUUUCACAUAAAGCGGAAAAACGGAAAGAGAAACAAACACGAAAAACACUUGAGGAAAUUUUAAGUUUGGAUGAGCCCGAUCAUUCGAACAUCACGUCUUCCAAAGAUGACACAACAAUCAAUGCACAAACAACAGGAGCGUUUCAUAGAAUGGACCGAUUAUCGUGCAGAGUGACAAACUACAACCCUAAUAAAUUACGCCAAAAUCUAAUACCAUUGACAUCCACAGGGAUAGCACAAUCAGACGAUCUUUAUGGUUCUAUGUACGGUAACCAUACCAACGUACAGCGUCAACAUAGCAACCGGAUGUUAUCUGAUAUGAUCAGACAGAAUAACCAUAGACAAUCGUUUCUGUUUAUGUAAUAUGUACAUCAAUGUGUUUCUGAUAUUUAUUGCAAUUUAAAUAUUAUAUUUAAGUCACGGUUAACUGCAUAAUUUGCACCUUUAUUCUUGAAUUGGACAAGUCUUCUAUGACAAGUGGUGUCAUGGAAGUUAAAAAGGCUUGACUAAAUCAUUUAUAUACACUCCCCUCCACAAGUU